GAACGUGUAUUUUCUUUAGUUGUUUUUUCAACUUCUCAAAUCCAUCCACGUUUACUUUUGCUUCGGCGGGUUGCCUCCUAAAAAGAAAACAUUUCUAAGUGAAAAUGGCUCCAAACGCAGCUAAGGCCGUACCCCAAUCUCGUUAUGAACCUGAAGUUGGCAUCAAUGCCAUUCUGUUGGGUCCUCCCGGCUCCGGAAAGGGAACUCAAGCUCCCCUGUUGAAGGAGAAAUACUGCGUUUGCCAUUUGUCCACUGGUGAUAUGUUGCGUGCCGAAAUCAGUUCCGGUUCCGAAUUGGGCGCCACCUUGAAAAAGGUUAUGGAUGAGGGCAAAUUGGUUUCCGAUGAGUUGGUCGUUGAUAUGAUUGACAAGAAUUUGGAUAAACCAGAAUGUAAAAAUGGUUUCCUUUUGGAUGGUUUCCCACGCACAGUUGUUCAGGCCCAAAAGUUGGAUGAAUUGUUGGCCAAGAGAAAAAGUGAACUGGAUGCUGUCAUUGAAUUUGCCAUUGACGAUAGCCUGUUGGUUAGACGCAUUACUGGACGUUUGAUUCAUGCCGCCAGUGGGCGUUCCUAUCAUGAAGAAUUCGCUCCACCCAAAGUGCCAAUGAAGGAUGAUGUCACUGGUGAACCCCUGAUGAGACGUAGCGAUGACAACGCCGAAGCCUUGAAGAAACGCUUGGAAUCCUAUCACAGACAAACCAAACCCUUGGUUGACUACUAUGCCCUUCGUGGCUUGCAUUUUGCCGUUGAUGCUGCCAAAAAAUCCAGUGAUGUCUUCUCCCACAUUGACUCCAUUUUCCAGCGUCAACGCCAACAAAGAAUGCAAUCCUGAUUGGGGGAUUUUCUUAGGAAAUUAUUUGAUAAAAAUUUUACUUGAUUUAAUUAAUUUUGAUUAUUUGAGUUUCUCUUUUUUUGAUUUUGAUUAUUUUUUGACUGCCAGGAAACAAGUAACUACAACAACAAAGGUGUUAUAGUAAUUAAUUAAUUAAUUAUGUACUAAAGUUUAAUGUUUCAGUAAUUGUAAUUCAAUUUAUUUUUUUUUGGCUUUUUAUUUUUGAGUAAAUCCCCCCACCCAGAAUGAGUUAUUCAUUCUGUUAUCAUCCAGUAAUAGAGAGAAAUAUGUAACAUAUAUGUACAUACCAUAGUGUGGUAUGUAUGUAAACACUAAUGUAAGAAAAAAAAGAGAAAAGAACAAAUAACCACUCUUAUAAUUGUAAAUGUAAAAUAAUUAAAAAUGAAACUGAUGAGAAAAAAAAUGAGACAAAAAUAUAUAAAUAUGGAAAAAACA